AUGAACGAUUUCGAGUCCAACGUUAUCACCAUCGACUACGGGUUCAGGGGUAGUUGUAGCUUCUGCAGCGCCAACUGUUGGUCUUUCUCCUGCAAUUUUGCUUACUUCAUUUCGAGAGCUGAAGCUGCCGAUCCAUGUUCUUCAAUUUCUGUUAUGAUCGUUUGUGAAGAUAGAGUUGUCUUUUCUACAUUGGGCACGUCGGUAGCUGUCGUUACUGUAAUGGUGAGGUUUCCCUUAUUGCUGACCACUGAGUCAUUGGGCUCUUCUCCUGAGCCUUCCUGAUCGACAGCGGUCUUCGGGCGAGUAGUUGCUUUUCCAGUUGAAGGAGUUCCAGUAGGUCUGAAGGAAAUCUCCAGACCCUGCUCGUUCUCCUUUGGUAUCAUUGGAUUCCUAUCUUCUUUAUCCGUAGUAAUGUCGACGUUGACGCUAGGUGGGACAGAUCCAGAACUAGUGGCAUUUCCAGAAGUUUCAGAUUCAGAUUUGGGCUUCAUUUCGGUGUCAGGUGCUGGAGUCAACGCAGAUAUUGAUGCAGUGGUGGUUCCAGAGGGGGAAGUAGAACUCUUUUCAGAAGUCGUUGCGACGCUGGUAUCAGGUCCAUGAGUGCGGUCCUCUCUAAUAGUUGGGAGUGAGGUUGUGCUAGAAAUAGGUGCACUACUCGUUCCAGAUGUAGUACCGCUUUUCUCAGGUUUUUCAUCUCGUCCUUCCUUUGCUCCUUCCUCGCCACUGAUUGCUGUAUGUGCUGCAGCAUCUGUACUUGCUGCAGCUGUCACAGUAAGAUCUUCGUCUUCAUGUACUGUGAGUUCUAUUGUAUAAGGUUUUCCUGUUGUCGAUGCUACCUCGGCACCAUCAACCGGCUUUCUGUUCUGCUUAGCAACAAUGGUUGCUGUUUCAAUGGAUGCCGUUGGUUCCUCUCCAGAUCCAGUCUCCUCCGUCAUUGUCAAGGUAGUCAAGGUAGUCUGCCUUUGUACGCCGUGCUCGAUGACAUCGACGCCACUGCCGUCGAUUUCAACAACUGGGCUGCUUCCAUUCUUCGGUUGUGCCUUAAUGAAAAAUUGCUGGAUUAAAGAGCUCAUAAAAUGA